GUACAUUCUUAAAAGUAUUUGAUUCCUAGAAACCGUAGGUAAACAUCCGAAAACCUGAUUAUUAAUGUAGAAUAAACAAACAGCCAUAUACCAAGCACCAACUACGAGAUAAGCAACUCGUCAAGCUACAGCGUCAUAAUCAACGCCAUUCAGAGACUGUGCUGAGCAGCUUGACUUCGGGAACUGCAAAUCAGUAUUCCGCGAUCAGUUUCGAUUUUUAACUGCCCAAGACAAGUUCGCAAAAUUUUCUGCUAAAGCGUGAUAUUUUGAAAUUUUUAAUUGAAAAGUGAGAAAAAACCAACAAAAUGCGUUCCCUCAGUGCGCUAUUUUUACUAUUUGCUCUGGUGAUGACGCCAGCUACAUUAGUUGCUGCAAAGAAUUUGGUCUGCUUCUACGAUUCAGCCAGUUAUCUGCGACUAGGUUUCGCCAAGCUGCUACCCGCUGACCUUGAGCUCGGCCUAAAUUUCUGUACGCACCUCAUUUACGGUUACGCUGGUCUCAAACCGCAAACACUCGAAGUCUACAGUCUCAAUGUCGAUCUUGAUAUGUUCCAUUAUCAUGAGAUUACAUUGUUGAAGGCGAAGUAUCCAAAGUUGAAGGUGUUCCUUAGUGUUGGUGGCGAUCGCGAUGUGGAUGAGGCGAAUCCACUUAAGUAUGUCGGUCUCUUGGAGAGUGGACGCGAAAAACAACAAGCGUUCAUUGAUAGCUCUAUUUCGUUGCUGAAGCGGAAUGGUUUCGAUGGGCUCGACUUGGCCUUGCAACUGCCACGUAAUAAGCCGCGCAAAGUGCAUGGCACUGUAGGUUCUUAUUGGAAGAAAUUUAAAAAGUUAUUUACUGGCGAUUUUGUGGUCGACCCAAUGGCUGAUGAGCAUAAGGCUCAGUAUACAGAAUUCUCAACAAAUUUGAGAACGGCUUUGGAGCGCUCGAAUCUUUCGCUGUCGAUGACUGUGCUGCCUAAUGUUAACUCGACUUGGUUCUUCGACAUACCAAAGAUCAAAAACAACUUCGAAAUCAUCAACUUAAUGGCCUUCGAUUUCCUAACGCCGGAACGUAAUCCCGAAGAAGCUGAUUACACUGCACCCAUCUACCUGCUCACUGAACAGGACCGCCUGCCACACUACAACAUCGAAUUCCAAGUAAACUAUUGGCUGCAAAAUCAAUGUCCACCAGAUAAGAUCAAUCUCGGUAUUGCCACCUAUGGGCGCGCUUGGAAAAUGACAUCGGACUCGGGCUUCUCAGGUGCGCCCGUCGUUCCUGAAACAUAUGGACCCGCGCCAGCUGGCUCACAGUCACUAAUACCCGGUCUGCUCAGUUGGCCCGAGAUUUGUGCAAAAAUGCCCAACAAUGUGAAUGCUGAUUAUCGUGGCGAAAAUGCUCCUCUACGUAAGGUAACCGAUCUGGAGCAGCGUUAUGGCAAUUAUGCGUUGCGUCCGGCGGACGACAAUGGGGAACACGGUAUGUGGGUGAGCUAUGAUGAUCCGGAUUUCGCGGCGAUCAAGGCGAGUUACGUGCGCACGAAGGGACUUGGCGGUGUGGCGCUCUACGAUCUGAGCUAUGAUGAUUUUCGCGGCCUGUGUACGGGUCUGAAAUUCCCCAUUUUGCGCGCUAUUAAGCACUUCUUAUAAGUUUUAUUCGUGUACAUAUUUAUGUAGUUUAGAAUGAUAAUUGUGCUUAAGAAUAUUAAUACGAUUAGUUUUAUUUAGUUCUAAUAGAAAAUUUAAUUGAAUACAUAUAAUGUUA